AUGUGAGCGGAUGCGAAUGAUGCGAGGAUGUGAGUGUACCGGAAUUGCUAGGAAGCGGUGGUUAGAGUCCAUUUUGAUUUUGGAGUGGUUUAGUUGUAGGCGUUUUAGGUUUUCAGCCUGAACAAUGGAAGAGGUGCCAAACCGUGGUGGUUUUCGUGGUGGGGCACGUGGUAGGGGUGGCCCAGGAAGAGGUGGCCCACUGAGAGGUCGUGGAGGUUUUGGUGAUGGUAUGCGAGGAAGGGGUGGCCGUGGUGGCAUGAUGCGAGGUGGGCUACAGGGUCGAGGAGGUAGAGGUGGCCCUCCUAGGGGUGGUGGUAUGGGCCGUGGAGGGGACCGAGGUGGCUUUGGUGGACCUGGAGGAAGAGGACGAGGCAUGGGUAUGAGAGGACGUGGAGACUUUAGCUCAAGGGGAGAUGGACGAGGUGGUGGUUUUGGAGGUAGAGGUCGUGGAGGCCGUGGGAUGGACAGAGGGGGCCGUGGAGGUCGUGGUUUUGACAGAGGAGGUCGGGGUGGUGGUGGAGCUCCUAUGGGUGGUGACCGAUAUGGACCACCACCAGCAAAGCGAGGUGGCAUGGUACCACCACAGGGUGGACCAAUGGCCAAGAGAGGUCGAUUUGAAGGUGCACAAGGUGCUAAUGGUUAUUCUGCUCAUCCUCAUCCACCGAGCCAAUAUUCUGGUGGCGCGUUUGAGGCACGUGGAGUAACUCAGGUUACUAGCUAUCCUCCACCACCCAUCACCUCGGCCUAUGGAGGGGAAGUCGGCCAUAACUACCAGGCUGAUGGAGCUGGUCGCCAUUAUGAUGGUUCAACUGAGGCACCACCAUAUGGAGCAAACCAGGCAUAUGGAAGUGGAAGUCAGGCAUAUGGAGGUGGCUACACAAGUGGUGCUACAGGAUAUGAAGCGGGAGAUUAUACAGCGGGUGGGUACAGCCAACCUGUUCCUGAUGCUGGGACGGGAUAUGGCCCGCCUCCCAGCACCGCCAGCAGUGGAUACACUCAACCGGACACCUACCAGUCCUACAGUAAACCAGCUGCAGCUCCUGAGGCCUAUGGCGGAGGUUAUUCCAGCGGAACAGGAUACAACACAGCCUCUGGAUAUGAUGACAGGGGCUACUCCACAUCAACAAAUACUUAUGAAACCCCAGGUUAUGGUGGAGGUUAUGGGAAACCGGAAUAUGGUGGCAGUUCAGCUGGCUACGGCCAGUCUCGCGAUUAUGGUGGCCAGUCACAACGACGCUACUAAGAUUUGGCCAUUCAUAGUAGGCCUCUUAGUACAAAGAAUUGAGAAUGCUGUUCUAGCCAUAUGACAAACAAAGGGCUUAAAAUGUGUUUAAAUUCAUAUGACUGGGUCAACCAGUGCAGUGGUAUUAGAUGUUCAGUGUGGAGCAAACAACCCAAUCAGAAAGGCUUGUAAAAGAAGUUGAUAUGCACAAGAAAUAUAUCUUGCCAUUGCACUUGAAGAGAUGGAUGGACUUAAAAAUUUUUUUAAAAUAAAAUAAGGUCAUACCUAUUUCUUUUUCUGUCUCAAUUGAUGAGGACUUAUGGAAGACAUGAAUUGUAGUGUUUUGGACUCAAGAUAUUAAGAUGCAGGAAGUGAAAAUUAAUCUUCUAUUUAGGGUUGAACAGUUUCAGUCCACUGACUUACUGAGAAUGGAUUAGAAGUUAAUGUUCCAUCUGGGGAUUAUGUAGAAAUUCAUUCUCUAGCUUAAAGCCACUCUUAUUGUGUGUCCUGUGUGCAUUCAUUGUCCUUCUGAAUUAAUGUUAAUAUCUAAUGUAGUUAAAAGAGAGGUGUUUGUAAGUGUAGAACACCAUAAGGUGGAGGAACACCCUGUUGAAAUCUGAAACGCUACGUGGUGUAUUCUGAUAGUAUUAUUGUUUUUCUCUACAUUUGUGAAAUACAGCACAUUUAACUUGUACAACAAGAUUAGGUUUUUUAACAUUCCAACUUUGAAAUACCGAGUUUUCCUUUACACAAGAUAGUGUAUGUGAUUAGAAGCUGGAAGUUUUGUAACAAGUUGUAUGAAAAUAUUUAUUAUGAAAUUGUCUCUUUCCUGUCACUGAAAUACUGAUACAGCUUCACAUUUUAAUCAUGUAAUUCUUAAUAUGAACACUUUUUAGUGCUGAUCAUAUUUAUGUAAAUAAUAAUAUGGAAACACCUUUACUAUA